AAACUUUUUCUAUAAUAGAUAAUUAAAACGCGGAUAAAUUUUCGGAGUGUGUUUUCGCGAAUAUUAAAAAAAAAAUAAAAUAAAAAAAAUUAUUUAUUUUUUGAAUUACAAAAAUUCUUAAAAAAAAAGAAAAAUAAUUAAAUAAAAAAUGAUUUGUUCAUCAAAUCGAUUAAUUUUAUUAACAUUAUUGACGGUAUCAACAUUUGCUGUUAAUGUAUUAGGUACGGCUAUAAGUGAAAAACUUUUAGAUAAAAUUAUAAUAGAAGCAACAACAUCAACACCAAAUACUGAUAAUACUGUUACUUCCAAGGAUUUAAAUUCUGAUAUAAUUUUAUCAAAUAAUGAUAAUACAUCUUUGACACCUGCCGUUUCAUCUACAAAUAAUAAUAAUAAUAAAAAUAAUGAUGAUGAUGUUGUUGUUGCUGAAUUUCUUAUAAAAGAUUCAAAUCCAAAACGAAAACGAUGUAUUAAUUGUUCAUAUCGACGUGUUUAUUAUACAUAUCCUAAUGGAAGAGUUGUUGAAAGAGUUAUAGAUAGUAAUCCAUCUGGAAGAAGUCUUCAAUAUGCACAAGGAGGUUGUGGACCAGGUGUUUGUGGAACUUUAGCAUCAUGUAGAGAAGUUGGCGGCAGACCAGUUUGCUCUUGUCCACCAGGCUAUGAAGGAAAUCCUUUAACACAUUGUUCAAGACCAGAAUGUUUAGAUCAUAUUGAAUGUCCAUUAAGUUUAGCUUGUAAAAAUGGACAUUGUACAAAUCCAUGUAAUGGAGCUUGUGGUGCUGGAGCUCUUUGUGAGCCAAGAAAUCAUGUAGCUGUAUGCAGUUGUCCUAGAAAUUAUGAAGGUGAUCCAUAUCAUAGUUGUAGACCAUCUGAUCCAGAGGAACAAUGCCGACCAAGUCCAUGUGGAGCAAAUACAAAAUGUGAAAUUCUUGGUGGAGUUCCAACUUGUUCAUGCUUAACAGGAUAUGAAGGAAAUCCAUUAACUGGUUGCAGACACGAAUGUGAUUAUGAUGGUGAUUGUGGUCCAACUGAAAUGUGUAAAGAUUUUAAAUGUGUUAAAGCAUGUAAUGCAUGUGGUACAUUAGCUAAUUGUGUAAGUGUUGCAAAUCAUAGAGCUGUUUGUGAAUGUCCAAAAGGUUAUAUUGGUAGCCCAUAUACUGAAUGUCGUCCAGAAUGUUAUGGUGAUGUAGAUUGUCCAGCAAGUAGACCAGCAUGUUUCUAUGGUAUUUGUAAAAAUACAUGUGAUGGAGCUUGUGGUGUUGGAGCUGAUUGUAAAUUGAGAGGAUUAACACCAGUAUGUAGUUGUCCGCGUGAUAUGACUGGUGAUCCAUUCAUUCGUUGUCGUCCAUUCACAAAAGAAGAUCUCUGUGAACCAAAUCCAUGUGGAACAAAUGCUAUUUGUAUACCUGGACAUGAUAAUACUGGUAAAGAACGUCCUGUAUGUAAUUGUGCACCUGGUUAUACUGGAAAUCCACUUUCACAUUGUGCUAGAGGUGAAUGUCAAUCGAACGAAGAAUGUUCUGAUAGCCAAGCUUGUAUUAAUUAUCAAUGUACAAAUCCAUGUAUUGGAAAAUGUGGUAGUGGAGCAACUUGUGAACCAAAAGCUCAUUUAGCUGUUUGCAAAUGUCCGCCAGGUACAAAUGGUGAUGCAUUAGUUAGCUGUAGAAAAUCAAGAACAAUUCCAGUUGCCAAAUAUCAUUGAUCUCACCAUCAAUAUUCUUCAUUCAAUCUUUUCUUGAAUAUUUAUUAACUAAAAACAAAAAAAAAUAAACCUGAAAGAAAGCAAUUUCUGAAACUAAAAUAAAAAUAAAAUCCUGCCAUUUCAUUACUAUGCUUUCUUAAAAAAAAUGUAAUAAUUAUGUGAAUUUAUCAAAAAAAAAAAUAUUUUUAAACUUUUUGUUCUAAAAAAAACUUUACCAUAAUGAACUUGUUAAUAAAUUAUUAAUAAAACAAAAAAAACCAAAAAAAGAAAGAAAAACAAAUAAAAACUUAAGUAACUUUUGUACAAUAUUGUAAAAAAAU